AUCACGCAGACCCGGAAGCGGAAGCUCACACGUGUGUUUGAAGGGAAUCCCCACGAGUCCAGAGACAGAGCUCAGGAUCAGAAGCUAGCAGAGAAGCUAGCAGAGAAGCUAACAGAGAAGCUAGCAGAGAAGCUAACAGAGAAGCUAGCAGAGAAGCUAACAGGCAUCAUGGCCGUCAGAGCAUCUUUUGAGAAAAACAACGAGAUCGGCUGCUUCGCCAAACUCACCAACACCUACUGCCUGGUGGCGGUGGGCGGCUCGGAGAACUUCUACAGUGUGUUCGAGGGGGAACUGUCAGAAACCAUCCCAGUGGUUCACGCUUCCAUCGCAGGCUGUCGCAUCAUCGGGAGGAUGUGUGUGGGUAACCGCCACGGCCUCAUGGUGCCCAGCAACACGACCGACCAGGAGCUGCAGCACAUCAGAAACUGUCUGCCGGAAGCGGUGAAGAUCCAGAGAGUGGAGGAGAGGCUGUCUGCUCUCGGCAACGUCAUCGCCUGCAACGACUACGUGGCGCUGGUCCACCCCGACCUCGACAGGGAGACGGAGGAGAUCCUGGCAGACACCCUGAAGGUGGAGGUUUUCCGUCAGACGGUAGCAGAGCAGGUCCUGGUCGGCUCCUACUGCGCAUUCAGCAACCAGGGAGGCCUCGUCCACCCGAAGACCUCCAUAGAAGACCAGGACGAGCUGUCGUCUCUGCUGCAGGUCCCCCUAGUGGCCGGCACGGUGAACCGGGGCAGUGAGGUCAUCGCGGCGGGGAUGGUGGUCAACGACUGGUGUGCGUUCUGCGGUCUGGACACCACCAGCACCGAGCUGUCCGUCAUCGAGAGCGUCUUCAGGCUCAGCGACUCGGCACAGCCGUCCGCCAUCGCCACCAGCAUGAGGGACUCUCUGAUCGACAGCAUGGCGUAAAAACCGCCGCCUCCUCUGCAGUUUCCCUCCGGUGAAGAUCUCUGCUGAGGAUCACUCGCUCUCUCAUUUCUCUUCAGACGCCUCCUCCAACUCUUCACCUUCACUCAGAAAUCACCGCUCACACCUGCAGCCACGUUACAGCCGGCGUUUUGUGCCUUUUGUUUGUAGGAUUUGGUUUAAUCUGUCUAAAACAUUUCAUCGUUUUUUAAAAAAAACGUCUUUCUGCAGAGAAAAGAUCCGUCACCUGUAUGUUAGUACUGAUAGUUUAUCAAAGGAGAGACUUUAUUUCAGCCUUUGUGUCACUAAACCUUGUAACCAAACAGGUAGAAAUAAGAAGUCUUCUCUGUCUGGAUAGAAUAAAGGUGGCCGAGGUUCUGAUAGAUAUUAUGAAUUUAUUUCAGUGCCUGUAUCUAAACUCUUCAGUUGGAGCUUUUUUUUUUCUGGAUGAUUUUCACCCUAACUGGGAACUAAGUCAGCCAGGAAGCAUGAUUCUGAACCGCAUCGCCAACGUGUUUCUGACGCUUGAAGAGUUGAACUCACGUUUGUUUUUUGUGUAUGAAACCGUAAGAAGCAAAGAUCCGUCGUUAGUUUACAGGUCAGGAAGUUUAUUGAAGGAUUUUAGAGAGAGAGGCUUAACUAACUCUACUCACAGGUGGAGUUACGUCUCAAACAAAGUCAGCAGAUCGAAGCAAAGACGAUUGGUUUUUUUUCUACUUCUGUCUUUCUGCCCGCUGACCUCUGACCUCUGAACUCGGCCGAUGUUUCUGAACCAACAGGUCGUAUUCGUCUGUCUUGUAAAAUAAAGUAAAUCACCCUCUUUUUAUCUCUUUGUGUUGUUUUGAGCUUCAGGUGUCGUAGUACAAGUCCAUUUACUGAAGUACUGUCAUUUAGGCAGAAGUUUAAAGGACUUGUAUUCAUGCUGCUUUGCAUUUCUCCUCCAAUAUAUUUCAGGAGAUAUUUGUUUUUUUUACCGGCUACAUUUAUUCAACAGCUACAUUUACUUUUCAGUUAAUAUUUUACAUUAAAACACAUGAUAAACUAUAAAAUAUCACAUUGUUAAACCAGUUUAAGCAGAUGAAACCAGUUUGUCGUGCUUCAUGUUCACGAAAGAGUUUUCUCUAAACUUUUAAAACUUUUUUUUCCUAGAAGACAGUCUGUCUUUAAAACAUCGUAUCGAGUCUUAAAGAGAAACUCAGCGAAGUUUGUUUUCCAUUAAACAAUUCAUUCAAUCAACACUUUUAUCAGUUAUUGAUAUUUUAAAUCUGCAUCUUUGAAAAUGUUGGAUUCAGAUUCAUGCUGCGUUACGAUUGUCUCUGAUUCAUUUCGUUUGUACGAGACGGUUUGUUUUCUUUCUCCGUGGAAUAGAGUAUUGGUAUAUUUCUCUGUAUAUUAAUACUACUAAAUAUAUUAAACAUGAUCAGCCUCCUAAAACUUUCAGCCUUCAGUCAAAAAAACUAAUUAUGUUUAUGGUUCCUAGAACCUGCAGUGUUUUAGGUGAAGAUCUUUUUGGAUCCUCUAAUGGUUUUAAAGUACAGAGACUUUAAACUUGAUUGUUUUAUGAACAUGGAACCUCCUGAUAUUAAACUGAUUCAGUUUACUGUGUU